AUGUGGCAGAGGAAUCAGACCUCUCUGGCCGACUUCAUCCUCGAAGGGCUCUUUGAUGACUCCCUCACUCACCUUUCCCUUUUCUCCUUGACCCUGGUGGUCUUCCUCAUUGCGGUGGGCGGCAACGCCCUCACCAUCCUCCUCAUCUGUGCUGACCCCCGGCUUCAUACACCCAUGUACUUCCUCCUGAGCCAGCUCUCCCUCAUGGAUCUGAUGCACGUCUGCACAACCAUCCCCAAAAUGGCGACCAGCUACCUCUCUGGCGAGAAGUCCAUCUCCUUUGCGGGCUGUGCAACGCAGCACUUCCUCUAUUUGUCUCUGGGUGGCGCUGAGUGUCUUCUCCUAGCUUUCAUGUCCUAUGACCGCUAUGUUGCCAUCUGUCACCCACUGCGCUACACUGUUCUCAUGAACAGAAAGGUGAGACUGAUGAUGGUCGCCAUGUCUUGGUUGGGAGCAUCGAUAAACUCCCUAAUUUAUACAGCCAUCUUGAUGCACUUCCCUUUCUGUGGGCUUCGAAUAAUCCACCACUUCUACUGUGAGUUUCCAGCUGUUGUGAAGUUAGUGUGUGGAGACGUCACUGUGUAUGAGGCCACAGUGUACAUCAGCACCAUCUUAAUUCUCCUCCUCCCCAUAUCCCUGAUUUCUACAUCCUAUGCCUUCAUCCUCCACAGUGUCAUUCAGAUGCGUUCAGCUGGGAGUAAGAGAAAUGCCUUUGCCACUUGUAGCUCCCACCUCACUGUUGUUUUCCUCUGGUUUGGUGCCUGCAUCUUCUCAUACAUGAGGCCCAGGUCGCAGCGUACUCCGUUGCAAGACAAAGUUGGCUCUGUGUUCUACAGCAUCAUUACUCCCAUGCUGAAUCCUUUGAUUUAUACUCUCCGGAACAAGGAUGUAGCUCAGGCUCUGAGGAGAGUACUGGGGAGAGAUAUGAUCACUAAAAUACUGUGA